UAGUAGCUGAACAACAGUCCUCUGGCUUCUAUCAAGAUGAAAACUGUGGGCAACAGGAAGAUGAGAGUCAAAGUUUUUAUCCUGAGGCGUAUCAAGGGCCCCCCAUGAACCAGCUGCCGUUGACAGAUACCUCAAACUCUGAGACAAUCUCUUCUUCCAGCAUUCCUCAGACUCCCAUAACUUCAGACUCAACCAUAAGCACCCUGGAGACCCCACAGGAUUACAUCCAGCUUUGGCAACAGCUGUCUGAUCCACUCGGUCCUGUUGUCCAAGUGAAUACUUGGACUUGCGAUGAGCAGGGCACCUUGCACAGACAACCCCCCUACCAUCAGAGGAACUGCUGACAGCACCUGCAGAUCCAAUGUCAUGCCAGAAAAGGAGGCCCAAGCCCAGGCCUUUCUCCAACCCUCAGCACAGCC